CUAAUUAACAGAACAGAGAUUCGAACUCUGGACUCCUGACUCCAAAUACCCAUGCGCCUCCUGCCUUUUAUAGUAGGAAAAACCCCACCCACAAGGCAUCCCCCAAACCCCUUAAAGCCAGGACCCAGCGCUUGGGUGGGGCAGGGAGUGGAACAGAGUGGUUCCUCUUUGUUCUGGAAGGGAUUUUGAAUCGGGAUCAGGCAGCCUCCUGAGAUGGGCAGUGGGGAAGGGCAGUCUUUCGCUUCAAGGAGUUUACAAUCUAUUUGCGGAGGGAGACCCGAAUGUUAAAUUUGGAGUUGCAAAAUCUACCUGAGGAUUAACUUCAGUUGGAGAAGAGGGCAGCUGCCUGCCGGGCUAAGGGUGUGGCGGGAGAGAGUGGAAGCUAGGUGGGGGGUUGUCCGUGGAAGAGGAGGGUGCUGGAGGGGUCCAGUGGGGCUGCGUGGAGCCAAGGACGCCGCUCUGAGCUGGGGAAGGCUGGGCCAGUGUGUCCCUGACAGGAGAGUGCGUAUCCCCCUGCUAGGCAAUGUGCUGAGCCUUCAGGGUGAGUAUUGUUCACCCCCCCCACACACACACACACACAUCAUAGGAGGCAGAAGCUCCUGUCUCUGCUUACAGGCGAGGAAACGAAGAGAAAGAAAGGAUAAAGAACUUGGCCAGAGAUCAGACACAGCUCAAAAGCAAGCUCUGGGUCAUGCAGGAAGGGGUGGGCCAGGCGGGCGCUGAAAAGGAGCAAGCAGAGGCAGGCUGAUUCUUCAGAAGGUUGUUGACGAGGUUUCGGUAUGGAGAUGAUGGUGGUGAUGACGAAGGCCUCUCCAAGCCUGGGCAGAGUGGCCCAGAGGCUGUUGGGCCCCAGGAGGCCCCACCGGCGGUCCUUCUUCGAAUCAUUUAUCCGGACCCUCAUCAUCCUGUGUGCUGCCCUGGCGGUAGUCCUCUCCUCGGUCUCCAUCUGCGAUGGGUACUGGCUCCUGGCUGGGGAUCGCGUCUUUGGGCUGUGGCACUUCUGCACCACCACCAACCAGAGUGAGAUACAUUGUCUCAGAGACUUCAGUGGAACCGGUGUGCCUGGGCUCCCCAUGGUCCUGGGCCUGGCCCGCAGCAUGGGUGCCUUGGCCGUGGUGGCUGCCAUUUUUGGCCUAGAGCUCCUCAUGGUUUCUCAAGUGUGUGAGGACAUCCACUCCCGGCGCAAGUGGGCCAUGGGCUCCAUCCUCCUCCUGGUCUCCUUCUUCCUGUCUUCUGGGGGGCUCCUGUGUUUUGUGAUCCUUCUCAGGAGCCACAUCACCUUCAUGGGCUUCACCCUGACGUUCUGGUGCGAGUUCACUGCCUCCUUCCUCUUCUUCCUGAAUGCCAUCAGUGGCCUUCACAUCAACAGCAUCACCCAUCCCUGGGAACAACCAAGGAAAUUCUAAGCCCCCUCCAGUGACAUCACAUUCUACAGGAAACAACGGCCAAGAUGGGACCUUUCCUCUGGUGGGGCUGGAGUGGGACAGUGACCUUGAAACUGCUGCCUCUUUGCUGCUAACUUCUGGGUGGUUGGCCAGAGAUGGCCUGGGGGCCUCUGCAGCUGGUCUGUGGGGUAGGAGGCCAGGAGGGUGACUCAGCGCCACCAUCUACUUAACCAAGUUAUUAGGAUGUUGAUUUCGGAAGAAGAGAAACAUUUCAAAAUUC